CUCCCACCCCCAAUCCCCGCUUUCCCACCGCCUUCGGGAUUGGACAGAACCAAAAAGCGAAUACAUUCAAGAGGGGAAAAAAAAUCUCCAAGCGGGAAAAGGGGAUUGGCGGGAAGCGAGCACGGAUGUUUAACUUUUUUUCCAUUUCUCUUUUAUUUUUAAAUUUCGUUCUCCUGCUGCUGCCGUCUUUCUUUGCUUAACCCCUCUCUCACUUUUCGGUCCGCUUUGCCGCUCGCCCUUCUCGGUCCGCGUUCUCUUCCCCCCCCCCCCCUUGUAGAGGGGGUAAAAUGGCGGCCGCGUGGGGUCGGGGUAGGGAAAUAUCUCUCUAUCUCCGCCGCCCCGAUCGCUUUUUGGGCAGUCUGCCUGCGGUGGUUGUUGGUUGGUGCUCCAGGAUGAGGGUCAAUGUGGAUUCCUCCCGACGUGGCUAACGACAUUUUUCUAAAAAAAAGGAAUCCGGGUGGUGUGCGCACGAUCUUGUGAAAUGGUGGGCGAGACUUUGGGGUCUAGGAAUGCACGUUGUAAAGCUGUUGCUGCAAAGCUCUCACUCCGCAGGUUAUCUCUGCGCUACUGACUGGAUACACCCUGGGUAUUGAUCCCAGGUGGAAGCAGGUUUUGUUCAGUUUUGAACAGUAUUCUGCCAAGAAUUCUGCAGCACAGUCAAGUUAAUAAUGGAACAGUACACAGCAAAUAACAGCAAUUCAACUGAACAGAUAGUGGUUCAGGGACAAAUUCAACAACAGAGUCAGCCAUUAAUGGUCCAAGUUAGUGGUGGUCAGUUAAUCACAUCCACUGGUCAACCAAUCAUGGUUCAAGCAGUACCUACAGGACAAGGACAGACAAUUAUGCAGGUUCCUGUCUCUGGAGGGCAAGGUAUACAACAGAUUCAGCUGGUUCAACCAAGUCAGCUCCAGCUUCAAAGUGGGCAAGCUGUUCAGGUCCAGAACCAACCGGGACAGGCACAACAAAUCAUUAUUCAACAGCCGCAAGCAGCUGUGACAGCAGGACAAACACAGCAAAUAGUGCAAGGACAGCAGGUGGCACAGACUGCAGAGGGACAGACAAUUGUAUACCAACCGGUUAAUGCAGAUGGCACCGUACUCCAGCAAGUUGCAGUCCCUGUUACAGGCAUGAUCACGAUUCCUGCUGCCAGUCUUGCUGGGGCUCAAAUUGUCCAGACAGGAGCCAGCACAAGUACCACAAAUAGCAGCCAGGGCACUGUAACGGUAACGCUACCUGUUGCUGGAAGCAUGGUCAAUGCAGGCGGCAUGGUGAUGAUGGUACCAGGGACUAGUACAGUUCCAGCGAUGCAAAGGAUCCCUUUACCUGGUGCAGAGCUACUAGAAGAAGAACCAUUAUAUGUAAACGCCAAACAGUAUCACCGAAUCUUAAAAAGGCGACAAGCAAGAGCUAAACUUGAGGCAGAAGGUCGGAUUCCAAAAGAAAGGAGGAAAUACCUCCAUGAGUCACGUCACCGCCAUGCAAUGCAGCGAAAACGUGGAGAAGGUGGCCGCUUCUUUUCUCCCAAGGAGGGUGAUGAGAUUAAACACCAGCAGAAUGAAGAAAUAGUGGGUCAGGUGAUCAGGGUGGCCUAAACCUCUGCCUUAUGCAAGUCCUUUGAAACAGACACCUAGUCAAAUUGACGGUCUCUCCUCCAUCCAGUAUUCCUACAUUGACUGCCUCGCCUGCAUUCCUGAAACAAGUGGAGCUUUACAAAAAAAUGGUCUUCUCCAGGGGAAAAACCUUCUUUUCCUUGAGAAUUUAGACUAAAUAACAUUACUGAAGUGUCAGUGAUGAAACUCACUUCAACAGGAAAAGGACUUGGAGUAACUUUUAGUCUAGGUGGAGAAAGCCAAUGUUGCAACUGCUUUCAAUGGUGAUGGUACCUAGUCUGUUAGUUUUGGAUGUAUGGGGAGAAUCACCCUGAUGCUUUGUCUACUUUUAGAAAGUUGACAAAGGUCAAAGUGUAGUGUCUUGUAAAUUUAUCAAAAACCUCUGGGGAUGAGGGAGAGGGUUAAAAACACAAAUGGAAUAGUUAUCUUGUAAUGAGUGACAGAGGAGAGGAAGGGGUUUACCUGAUGCAUUUGGUAUGUUAUUAUGAAACUUACAUGAUUUUGUAUUUUUUCCAGUGUUUGUUAAUUGAGAUAAUGUACAAGUGCGUUUUUUUUAAUUUUCAUUGUGUACCCAAUGCAAUUACUCAGUAAAAUGUAGCAGAAAGACUGCUUCCUGAGAAAUGGUAAACCAUUUUAGAAAACCAUUUAUUUUACAGAAUUGGUAUUACGUUGGAUGCAAUUUCAGUGCUUCAAGUAUGGCUGUAAUGUAGCAAGAAAAUGUUUUUCUUAAAAGGGAUGAUAGGGUAUAUUACAAAGUAGUAAGUUAGUGCAGCAUGAGGGCCACUACUCAACCAUAACAUUCAGAUAUUUCAACUUUAAUCAUUAGUUCAUCCUAAGGUAGGUCAGCCGGGACAACAGUAGAUCUUGACCUUGCGCCUUUGAGUUGAUUGGGGAAGUCAUCACAAAACAUUUAAGGUAUGGUUGUUGUUUCUCACCAUCUUGGUUCCUGUACGGUACAGAUGUCUGGAUGUUGAGAGAGGACAACUCAGUGACACUCUCCAUAGUUCAGUGACGCACCAGUGUUCAUUGUCUUGCAUGAAACAUGGCAAUUUUUUUGUGGUCAGAGAAAUGUAUUGCUGUCAACAAGACCUUAUUCCAGUUAUGCAUUUAUCCUUUUCUGUUGUAAGGGUGAGGGUAGAAAAGUCAUGAAUUGCAAGAAAUGAUUAUUUUCAAAAUUGGUUUUGUUUUCUUAUUUUAAUAUCAGGCUACUUUUCUCCCCCUAGAGAAAUGUAUGAAUUUUCUUCCUACAUUUGAAAUUAACACUACACUGUAGUAGCACACAAGUGCAGCCUAAUUGUAAAAUACCAUUUCUUCAUUUGUUGUGCUUCAACUACAGAGAUAGUGUUUUGUUGUUGUUACAAAAAAAAGGGAAACUCCCAUUUUAAAAAGCAGCAUUUGGCUAACACUUCUUUAGAAAAUAAUAUCCUUUCUCAGCUGUGACUAGUAUUCAAAUCCAGUGAUAUUUUAAAACAACUUCAGUUUCUGAGGAUUGGAUUCAACGGAGUAUAAUGCCAAUAUGUUAGACUAUCUUGCCACAUUUGAGCAGAUUAAAUAAGAAAUGACGCGCUGCCCUCCAGGAUGUCAGUUAAAGAUGCUAUGAAAAACAUUUGACAGUCUUCAUGUAGCACUGGAUCUUGACCUGGUUCUUCAGUGCAUGUGUUGGAAAUGCAGUAUUUUUUUUUAAUCAGGUAUAUGAACUUGGUUUCAUAUCUGACCUAGGCAGGAUAAAAGGUAUUUUUUCAGAUGUAGAACCAACUUCAAUUCUAACCGCGACAGCAGAUGCAAGGCUAGGACCCUAAAAUGAAUUUGGGGCAUUCUGUAUCCGUUCAUUUUCUAGAAAACUCAAAUCUGCAACAAUCCAAUAAUAUGCAGUAAUGGGGUAACAAGAGAACCAUUGAUGUGGGAAUAAAAAUAUCACUGCUCUAAGGAUCUAUUGGACUUUUCUGAGGAUGGAUAAUUGGUGGAAGCCAGAAAGACUGUAGUAGCCAAAUUCUGGCAAAUGUACAAUUUGGACCAAAACAGCCUUGGAAAUUCCAAGCAACUGUGUAACGUCUUCAGUAUUUGGGUAAUAAGGAACUUAGCAGAACAGAAUUCAUUAAACUUUACCAUUGGCUGUAACCCACCUUUGUGCUUGAGCAGGAAGUACUUAAAGUAUAAAUAGGAGAGAUCUUUGAACAAUCAACAACAAUCAAAUUCAGUAUUUGCUGAUUCUGAAUGCAAUACCUUCCACACAUGCACCAGAAGAAUCAGUUAUCCAGGUAAUUGACUUUUUACCCUUGCAUCGAUUAACAUUACACAGUGACUGAGUAACACAAAACUCAGCUUUAAGGGCUUUGAAUAUCAGGUAGAACAUUUUAAUUGUUGCAGAUAUUAUAAAAAAGUCAUGCAGAUUAUAAAUAUUUCAACCAAUGCAUUGAAAUGAGUGACUUCUUUUUGUAUAUAGGUUACAGAUUUAUAAUUUUUAUAUACAGCAUUUGGUUUGUAAGCAUGAAUCUAUGAAUUUAGCUGUAGAAGAAAAGUACUGUGUACGUGGUUCAGCUAAUAAAACCUUACCAUUUUAGUAUUUUAAAA